UGAGAAAAAAGAAACAACAAUACAUGACAUAAAAAGAGACAAAAACCAUCCGCGGAGAGUGAAAAAUAAGAAGUGCAAGCCCGACGAUUUUCCCCGAGAUCAGUAGGAAAAUUUCCGUAAAUCGAGUGAAAAUCAGAAAGUUCUUUCGAGUGUCAAUUGUGAAAAAUACUCGGGGCUAACCACUCGAUGGUGAUUCGUUCGAUCAGAGUACCCCGAGGGAGAAGAUAAAAAUAAUUAUUGCGAAAAAAAAAUCCCCAACCGACCGGUUUACGUAUACCUGAGUUACCUGUCAGUACAGACUUAAGACAAUUAAUAAUACCGGGGGACGAAUUAGGGAAUAUUAACAAUGGCGAUGGGCAAGGGCUUCAGGAUAUACGAGAAAUUAAAACCUCCGAGUCCACAUUCACUCAUUUUGGAGCACAGGAACCGCAAGGAUACCGUACUUUUUGAGUCCCAGGCAGUUGCUGUUUUGUCUGCCCAGGAAACAGAAUCACUAAAGGUUCAGUACACAAAACUCUUGGAUGCCUAUGGGUGCCUGGGGGUACUCCAGCUCAACGCUGGAGAAAAUACCCUUUUGUACCUCGUCCUGGUGACCGGAUGCUUCUCCGUCGGGAAAAUCGGAGAAUCUGAAAUAUUCAGGAUCACUCAGACCCAAUUUGUCCCUUUGCAUUACACUCAGGGGAGUGAGGACAGGGUCUCUGAGGUCAGGAAGGUCCUCAAUUCUGGCACUUUCUAUUUUUCGUGGUCCGCUGGACAACAGGAGGCACUCGAUAUCACACUAAGUGUCCAGAGAAGAUAUAAAUCUACUAUCACGGAUAACAGAUUUUUCUGGAAUCGAAUGCUUCACAUCCAUUUGCUGAGGUUCGGGGUGAAUACAACAGAGUGGCUGUUGAAGGCAAUGUGUGGAAGUGUCGAGAUCAGGACAGUUUAUGUUGGUCACAGACAGGCACGAGCAGUUGUCGUUUCUCGUCUCAGCUGCGAAAGAGCUGGCACCAGAUUCAACGUUCGUGGAACGAACGACGACGGUCACGUGGCAAAUUUCGUGGAGACUGAGCAAAUAAUUUACCUGGACAACGAAGUGACUUCGUUUGUCCAGACUCGGGGUUCGGUGCCACUCUUCUGGGAGCAACCGGGGGUCCAGGUGGGCUCUCACAAGGUAAGGAUAUCCCGAGGAUUCGAGGCAUCUGCGCCAGCAUUCGACCGUCACUUCUCCAUGAUAAAACAACGUUACGGUCAGCAAGUGAUUGUAAAUCUUCUUGGAUCAAGCCUCAUAGGUAGCAAAGAGGGUGAGGCGAUGCUCAGCCAACAAUUCCAGACCCACCACAGUCGCUCGAACCACAAAGACGUCCCCCACGUGAUAUUCGAUUACCACCAGGAGUGCCGAGGAGGAAACAUGAAGAACCUCUCGAAAUUGAAAGCUAAAGUUGAAAAAUACCUGGACUCGUUCUCCCUGUUCUACGCAGUGGGUGGUGCAGUUCUGAAUGAACAAUCAGGUACCAUCAGAACGAAUUGCCUCGAUUGCCUGGACCGCACCAACUGUGUGCAGACGUUCUUCGCUCUGGAGGUUCUCUCGAAACAGCUGACACAUCUCAAACUAUUCGAGAAGCAACAGAUGGUCUCCAGAUUCGAGGAGGUCUUCAGACAGAUGUGGAUAAAUAACGGUAACGAAGUGAGCAAGAUUUAUGCAGGCACUGGAGCAAUUCAGGGUAGUUCAAAGCUGAUGGACGGAGCAAGAUCAGCUGCAAGAACAAUCCAGAAUAAUCUCUUGGACUCGAACAAACAAGAAGCCAUUGAUAUACUGCUGUUGGGUUCGACUUUGAACACAGAGUUGGCAGAUCGAGCAAGACUACUCCUCCCCUCGAACAUGCUGCACGCACCUCCAAGUGUUCUUCGAGAGAUGUGUAAGCGUUACAAUGAGUACGUUAGACCAAUGAACCUGCGAGUGGGUGUUGGAACGUACAAUGUGAAUGGAGGCAAGCACUUCAGAUCGGUUGUCUACAAGGACGUGUCCGUGGCUGAUUGGUUAUUGGACGCACCUAGAAACGCCUCGACGUCCCUGGUAUCCCCGGAAUUCGAUGGAAUCCCUGUCGAUAUUUUCGCCAUUGGUUUCGAGGAGAUCGUCGAUCUGAAUGCCAGUAACAUCAUGGCAGCAAGCACAGAUAAUGCCAAAGCCUGGGCUGAUGAACUGCAAAAGGUACUCUCGAGGGAUGACGAGUACAUCUUGAUAACUUAUCAACAACUGGUGGGUGUCUGCCUGUACCUCUUCAUCAGGCCCCAGCAUGCCCCUCACCUGCGCGACGUCGCUGUUGACUGUGUGAAAACAGGACUGGGUGGUGCUACUGGUAAUAAAGGAGCUGCUGCUAUUCGCUGUGUCCUCUACUCCACGUCUUUCUGCUUUGUCUGCGCUCACUUCGCUGCUGGCCAGUCCCAAGUGAACGAGCGCAACGCCGAUUACGCCGAGAUCACCAGGAAGCUUGCAUUCCCAAUGGGAAGAACCCUCAACACUCACGAUUAUGUGUUCUGGUGUGGGGAUUUUAAUUACCGAGUUGACAUGGACAAGGAGGAGAUGAAGGAGAUGAUUCGAAGGGGUGAGAUUGAUCAGAUUCUGCGGAAUGAUCAGCUGAAGAUCCAGCAGGACCAGGGGAACGUCUUCAAGAAUUAUCUGGAAGGCCCUGUCAAUUUUCCACCGACUUACAAGUACGAUUUAUUCUCAGAUGAUUAUGACACCAGUGAGAAGUGCAGGCAGCCUGCUUGGACUGAUCGAGUCCUGUGGAAAAGACGUAAACAAAUACCUGAUAUUGAUUCACCAACUGAUUGGAAUCCUGGGAGACUUGUUUAUUAUGGUCGGGCUGAAUUAAAGCAAAGUGAUCACAGACCUGUGAUCGCCAUGAUCGAUGUUGACGUUCAUGUGGUCCAUGCAGAUAAACGAGAGGCUGUGUUCAGGGAAGUUAUUCAGGAUUUGGGACCACCCGAUGGCACGAUUAUAGUGAAAGCUGUGGAGGAGGCUGAUGACAUCGACAGUGUUUUCGAUGAUAAUUUCAUGCUGGCUCUACUCCAGGAUUUAUCACACAUCGGAGAAGUCAUACUCGUGAGAUUCGUAGGUGAGACGAUAUGGGUGACAUUCAGGGAUGGACAGUGCGCCCUCUCAGCCGCGAGGAAGGGUAUGACUCAGGUAUGUGGACAGACGUUGAAGCUAUCUCUGAAGUCUCCUGAUUGGGUGCAGCUCAUUCAGAAGGAGAUUGAGAUAUGCAGUAAUACGACUGUGGCUCAGUACGAGGAGAAUUCACCCACCAGGAGAUUGGAGAGACUGGAAAUCAACGAGGAUGUGCACUCUGGAAGGUCAAGUCCCAGUGAUGGACGUCCACCCAGGCCUGCACCCCCUGCACGUCCUGCUCAGCCACCCAGAUCACCCGCCAGAGAGAGGAAACCAGGACCCAGGGCUGGUGUUAUCAGUGUUCUUCCUAAUCAAUUUCCAGUGGGAAAUCAGUUUCCAAACUCUGCGAGUGCGUUCAGGGAGGAGGCCAGGGUAAAUCAGGCUGAAAGACUUUCACCAGAGUCAGCGAUUUAUGAGGAGAUCCUCGAGGAGGCACCCAGCUAUCCUGUACCCAAUAGGCCACCACCACCUCUGCCCAGGUUUCCUGGGGACAGUGUUGAAUCUAAACCUCCCAGUUCAGCUCCUCCACCUCUUCCUCAAAGGCAAGCACCUCUUCCACCCCCUCAGCAUCCACCACCCAGUCUACCGCCCAAUAUGCCACCCCCUGUACCUGCCAGGACCACUGGGGGGCCACCCAUUCCAGCCAGAAAUCAACAGUAAAGUUUUUCUCAGGAAGAAUUCGCAAAAUUAUGUAAUUUAAGGAAAUGUAGAACUUGACAUUUCUAUUUUAGUAGCGAAGAGGUUUGUUUGAGAAGAAUAUUUCUGAAUGUAAAGAAAAUUAUAAUUUUUUGUGAAGACAUUUUUUGUAGAACGAAAUGAGAUGUAAAAAAAGAUCUUUACACAAAUUUUGAUAUGUCAUUUGGAUUCAGAAAUAUUCCUCGAUUCGUUCUUUGGGACUCGAUGGAGCUCAGUGUCUAGCUUCUAGUUAAAUACCUCAACGAAUAAAAUAUAAGUUCCUAGAAAUAAUUGAUGAGGUUCACUUGGCAUUCCAGAAUUUUGUUUUUCUCGGUUUUUUGAUAGUUGAAUUUAUUUUCAUCUGCUUUUUCCAGGGAAUUGUUUUUGAACGAUUUUUAUUGCAUGAAUUUUUAAUCUUUUUGCAGAACAUGUUACAAAUGGGGAGAUGAAUUGUGAUUGUUCGGCUCAUCAUUAAAAAAUGGAGUCGAGAAAUUAAUAUUCAAUAAUGAAUGUUCUCGUUGUUUAGUAGAUAUUCUUUGUCAAAAGUAUUUUUUUUUCGCAAGGUACUUCUACCGAAUAGAAUAUAUCACUCGUUGAUGAAUGAAUUAUGAAAAAUCCAUUUAGAAAUAACAAUGCAGGGAUUGAGAAGAGAUCAAACAAGCCUAAUACCAGUAUUUGCAUAAUAUCAAUACUGCAAUUACGUUAAUUGCAUGUAUUCUAUGAAAAAAAUGAUGAAUUGUUGACCAAUUGUAAGUUUCAAAUUCAUGGGGUGUUCUAUAUCGAAAUGUUGAACUGUAAAGAGUUAAAAUGAUUGUGAAUUAAUAACAAAAGUCGAAGUUUCAAGACGUAUGAAUUUCUCGGACAAACAUCAUGAAGAUAUUGUAAUUAAUUUAUUUCGCAGCUUCCUGCGUAGAUUAAUGCCUGUAAAUAAUAAUGUGAUUAGUGAAAAAAAAUUGUCUGCACCUGAAAUCUAGAAAAAAUAAUUGACAUGGACUGAGUAAUUUCGACGAAUGUACCGAAACGUUGUUGGACGAAUUGAAUAAAGGAAUAUUGCUUAGCAGCACA